AUGCCUGUGUUUUAUUCACCUGUCCCCGAGAACCUGCAGAUGGGUCUGGCCUACAUGGGAGGCUCAGUGUUCACCAACAACCGGACGGCGGACAGCGACUUCACCAGGGAGCAGGACGACCCAUCUGUGGUCAACGAGCUGGUUUCCCACCUUCCCCUGCAGAUGCUGCUGUACUUCAACAUGUUUUAUUUUCCGUGUUGGUGGUUCUCAGCUGUGUUCAUGUUGGAAGCAAAGUUCUAUUAUCUGCCGGGGUACUACCAGGCUCUGCUCAUAACUGGGACGAUCCUCCUCACAGUCAUUGAAGUGGUCCGACUUUAUCUGGGCUACACUGGCAACCUUAAAGAAAGGGUGCCAGAGUUGGCAGCCUUCUGGGUCCUGUCUUUCAUGUUCCAGCUGCCAGUGCUGCUGUUCUUCCUGACUGAUGAAGGAAUUAUCAUCCUGCCCCUGGAGAGGGCCGUCCACUCCGUGUACCUCCUCUUCCUCCUCGCCCAGAUCCUGGCCUCCUUUCUGGCGCUCAGGACCAUGACCCGAAAGCUCACCCUCCUCUUCUAUAUGCGUCAGUUUGGCAAGGUGGAGAGCUUCCGCCAUGCAGGGAUGAGCCCUGUCUACGGGUUGCCCUACCAUCGGAGCGUGCUGCCCCUGUCACCGACCCACGAUAUGUACCAUUAA